GCCGCUUCUUUGGGGGGGCCCGAGAGGUGUCCGCACCCGGGAGAGGCUGCUGUUGGGCAGAGGUGCCGGGGCGCCUGAGGGGAUAGCUUCCCCGAAGCGGAAUUAUUGGGAAAGAGGAUGUGCACUCCUUAAAGGCUUUUAAUACCGGAAAGGGCUGCCUGGAAGGGGUGCAGGGACGCCUAGCUCUCUCUGGUGGACUUUGAGAUUCAGACACACAACGUCUUCCAUGGCUCCUUACCACAUCCGCAAAUAUCAGGAGAGUGACUGCCAGUGUGUCCUGGACUUGUUCUCCCAGGGCAUGACUGAGCAUGCCUCCACCACCUUCCGCCACAUCCUGAAGCUGCCGAAAAUACUUGUGUUCUUGCUUGGGGUGCCCCUCGCUCUAUUCCUGGUCUCUGGGUCCUGGUUCCUGGCUCUCGUGGCCGGCCUCACCCUCCUCGCUGCCUUGAGGUUCCUUGCCAAAUACCCCUGGACCGAGUACGUGUCCCACACUUUGCGCACAGACAUGUCUGACAUCAGUAAAACCUACCUCAGUGGGCCUGGCUCCUGCUUCUGGGUCGCUGAGUCUGAGGGGCAGGUGGUGGGCACGGUGGGAGCUCUGCCAGUGGAGGAGCCCACCCCGCAAAAGAGGCAGCUGCAGCUGUUUCGCUUAAGUGUGUCCUCGGAGCACCGGGGCCAGGGGAUAGCGAAAGCCCUGGUCAGAACUCUCCUGCAGUUUGCGAGGGACCAGGGCUACAGUGAGGUUGUGCUCAACACCACCAUGCUGCAGGAGUCCGCCAUAGCGCUCUACCAGAGCAUGGGCUUCCGGAAGACUGGCCAGGACUCCUCCGAAAUCUGGGGGCUAAUUGCUGUCCCUAUAUUACAAUUUACUUACCAGCUCCCUUCUGCUCAGGUUUCUCAGGCAUCAUAGCAGAAUGGGGACUUGUCAUCUGUUUCCUGGUGCAUCCGCCAGGACAGGAUGGGCUCUGCAGCAGUAACAAGCUAACCCUGAGUUCUCACUGUAACAGUAAAAGCUUUUGUUUGUAAACAUCGAAGCCCCCGGGGCGGGGUGUAGUUCUGCUCCUUUCCUUCUUUUUGGGUCGUCACUGUCAUAUUUAUCUAGUUACACAAAUGUUGCAUAAAACCAAUCACAAAAGCAUAAUAAACAUUUACUUGGUUUGUGA